CGGUUGUUUCUACACGGACGGGGGAAGGGAAACGUGCCUCGCCUAAAUUCUCCCCCGCCUUUCUUUCGCGUGGAUCCCUGUUAAUGGCUACCCGUAAGGAGUCCAGUUCAUCAUCCAGCGCACCGAUGGCUUCUACAGCCGGUACUCUGGACUCUCCGGUCAAGCAGAUCCAGAUUGACGGACUGGUGGUGUUGAAGAUUAUUAAGCACUACCAGGAAGAGGGCCAGGGCAGCGAGGUGGUUCAAGGCGUCCUGCUGGGCCUGGUUGUCGACGACCGGCUGGAGAUCACCAACUGCUUCCCCUUCCCCCAGCACACCGAGGAUGACGCAGACUUUGAUGAAGUCCAGUACCAGAUGGAGAUGAUGCGUUCCCUGCGUCACGUCAACAUUGACCAUCUGCAUGUGGGCUGGUACCAGUCCACCUACUAUGGCUCCUUUGUCAGCCGAGCUCUGCUAGACUCCCAGUUCAGCUACCAACACGCCAUUGAGGAAUCUGUUGUUCUGAUCUACGAUCCUAUAAAAACAGCCCAAGGCUCCCUGUCCCUCAAAGCCUACAGACUUACCCCAAAGCUCAUGGAGAUCUGCAAGGAGAAGGACUUCACACCCGAGGGCUUGAAGAAGGCCAGCGUUGGGUUUGAAAACAUGUUCGAGGAGGUGCCCAUAGUCAUCAAAAACUCCCACCUCAUCAACGUGUUGAUGUGGGAGCUAGAAGACAAGUCCACGGUCUCCGACAAGCACGAACUGCUCAACCUCUCCAGCAGCAACCACUUGGAGAAGAGUCUUCAGCUUCUGAUGGACAGGGUGGACGACCUGAACCAAGACAUUGUCAAAUAUAACACCUACAGCCGCAACCUGAGCAAGCAGCAGCAGCAGAAGCACCAGUACCUCCAGAGGCGGCAGCAGGAGAACGCCCAGCGACAGAGCAGAGGAGAGCCCCCACUGCCUGAGGAGGACAUCAGCAAAUUAUUCAAGCCCCCCCAGGCUCCACCACGCAUGGAUACACUGCUCAUCGCAGGGCAAAUUAACAACUACUGCCAGAACGUGAAGGAAUUCACCUCGCAGAACCUCGGGAAGCUGUUCAUGGCCGAGGCGCUCCAAGGCCACAACUAGAGGAGAGACUAAAGAGUGAUAACGACAAAAGAUGAAGGAGAUGCAAGAACCACCUUGUUGCCAGCUGCAUGAGAACCCAUCAUCUUUUUCUCAGUUGAUAUCUCCACUGUUUUUUAUGCUUACAUCUUUGGCAAAAAUACAUCUGACACCUUGUUUUGUUUCAAAUAAAAAUCCUGCAUCUUUA